CAUAAUUAAACCUUUCAGUUAUUAAACUGCUCCUGUUCACAUGAUCAAAGAUGUUUGUUUGGCAUGCCUUGACUUUUGCUACCUCAAAGUAAAAACAGUACAGAGCUUAAAUAGUUAUAUGGAGCAGGAGAGUAUUCUGGGUUUGAUUUCUGGGUUACUGUAAGGGACAGCAGAAUGUUCAGUGUUUGAAGAGUUUUAGGACAGAGCCAGCACUGUAAGAGAAUGUUUAAUUAACUAAAAUGGAUAAUUAAAAAUAAAUAAAUAAAAUUAUUAUUAUUAUUAUUGUUGUUAUUGUUAUUAUUAUUAUUAAUUAAAGUAAUUUAAUUACAUUAAGGUAAUAUGCGUUUUAAAAUAUUGACAUCAAUCUCACGUCUUUGCGAGUACAAAACGGCAUUCUAGAGGUGGUUGGACUGGAAAUGGUGGUAAAAAGAAAGACAAACAGCAGAUAUAAAGCUCACUGCUGAACUUGUUCACAAACACAGUGGGGAGGGUACAAAUUAUUAACAGGCCAUGAAGCUCAAUAUGUCAUAAAUUACUCUUAACAUUUUUACAUGAACGCUAAACGUAAAGGUUUGCCUCGUCCAGCAUCUACCUGGAACCUCACUUUCUGAGAGCAGAGUAUUAAAUAAUUCGAGCAGUCCUUUAAAACUGAAAUAUUUUUAAAUUCUUCCCGAGACAUGACUCCCUUUAUGUGUGGUUGGAUGGCUCUGUGCCACCCUGACCUGCCCUGACUGAGAUGCUGUGUGCAGGGCCUGUUUGUGCAGGAGCUGCCUCUGAAAACCCUGGCUGCCUUGCGCUCCAGUCAGGCUCUGAUGUUGAAGGUCUCCCAGCAGGGCGAACCUGGAGCGCAAGGACCCCCAGGUCCUCCAGGACCCCCCGGACCUUCAGGGGCCCCAGGCCUGAAUGGCGCAACCGGCCCAGCAGGUAAGCCUGGUGAGCCAGGCAAACCUGGAAAAGACCCGAGGGUAAGCUUCGCUUCACUUUUACCAGGACUAAAGGGUGAACCAGGUGUGCCUGGACAAAAGGGGGAUCGAGGGGAUGCGGGCCCAGUAGGUCCUGAAGGCUCAAAGGGAAUACAGGGAGACCUCGGGACAAAGGGUGACAAGGGAGAGCCAAGCAUCGCUGCCACAGGAACUAAAGGAGAACCGGGUUCACCGGGACUACCAGGCCAGUUGGGACCCAAGGGUGACACAGGCAACAAGGGAGACAAGGGGGAAGCAGGACCUGAAGGCUCAGUUGGACCAAGAGGUCUCCCAGGCCCAACUGGGGAGCCAGGAAAGGCUGAAAUCCACAACAAUGAAAAUGAUAUUCGCAACAUCCCUCUGAUGGGCCCCCCUGGGUUACCUGGACCUUCAGGGCCCCCUGGAGUCCCUGGCAACAAGGGUGAAGUUGGUCUGCCGGGUGCUCCAGGUCUCGACGGAGAUAAGGGACCCAGAGGGAAACCUGGAGAUAUUGGUCCUGCAGGCCUAUCCGGUCCUGAAGGUCCCAGAGGGGAGAGUGGUGUCAUGGGCUUCCCGGGACCCAAAGGAGACAGGGGCGACAUGGGUCCAUCUGGAUCACCUGGUCCUAAAGGAGAACCUGGAGAAGGGGUCAGGUCAGAAAUGAUGUACUGUCCUCCAGGGCCCCCGGGACCUCCAGGACCAGUUGGGCCAUUGGGAACUCAAGGAUUUUCAGGGCCUAAGGGGGAACCAGGCAUAGGCAUCCGGGGAGAAAAGGGAGCGACGGGCCUCAAGGGUGACAAGGGGGACAGAGGCCAUCUCGGACUUCCUGGGGCUCAUGGGUUAGACGGCAGACCGGGUCCAGUGGGGCUAAUAGGACCAGCAGGUGUUUCAGGACCCGCAGGACCAAAGGGAGAGAGAGCUGAGAAGGGAGAUGCAGGAUUACCAGGACCAAUCGGGCCUCAAGGCAUCCCUGGUUUAGUAGGACCACAAGGACUCAAAGGGAACCGGGGAGAGAGGGGCAAGAAAGGCAACAGGGGGGCCAAAGGGGAUAAGGGAGACCAAGGAGCACCUGGAUUAGAUGCCCCCUGUCCGUUGGGAGACGAUGGCUUACCUGUACCAGGAUGUUGGAAUAAAGGUCAACAUCCUUUCCAACUGGCUAAGAAGUAGUCCUUCCAGACACUGUCUCCAUGACGCCACACAAAGAAGACUUCAACACUUUUGGAGAUAUCUUUGAGUUUUUACCCAAACCUGGAGUUGGCAUUUCAGCGUGUUCCCAGGGGGUCGGACACAGGGCCAGUUCCGACAGAAGCUCCGGUGGCAGUGGUGAGCUCAUUCACUUCAAUAGACUGGGGAGUAGAGGCCAUCUUUAGGUACUGAUUGAAGGCUCAGUGGACAGCAUCUCAGCCGCAGGGAAACACUGUCCCUACUCAUGUGUUUCUUUACUGCAUACACUUUGAUCUAUUUAACUGCUAGUGGAGCGCCACGUGGACACUUUAGCACAUGCUAUUUGUUGUGUUUGAUGUGACAUCAGUACUGUAACUGUGAUAAAGAUUCAGAGCAGCUCACAGAGCAGGUGGAUGUCUUUCCAAGAAAAAGUUAAGGGAGACCCUCAUGAUGAUUCCUUCUUCAUAUUAUCUGACUCACUGCCUUUUCAAAAAUCCCUUUUCUUGCAGCUAUGACAUUGUGUGUGAAUGAUUGGGCUGUAUAGGAAGUACUUUGAAACCAGCAUCACACAUCAUGCUGGGUCACAUUGAUGAUAAUCCUUUCUUUUUUUUUAUCUAUUGAGGUGUUUCCAUGAUUUAAUGCUGUAAAAGUAUUGUACAAUAUAAGACGAAUAAUUGUAUGUAUAGGUAAAGGUAUUCUUUGUAAAUAGAUUGCAUUGAUGAAACGUAUGUAUGAUUUUCCGUACAAAAUAAGCAUCAACAUUUUAAAAGGGUCAUUUUCUUUUGCUGAAUAUGUACAGAUGAUUGUGACAAAAAACGUCCAUUUGCAUGCUCCAUAAAUCCCGUUUCUUUGCAGAAAAAGUAUAUUGCAUGCGUAUACAGUAUUAUUAAUUUAUCAAAUUAGUUUAUUACAAUUAUUUAUUCUUUUGUCACUCUGAAUAUAUAUGGGUAUCCAUUAAAAAAAGAAAACAAAAAACACAAUUAUCUGAAUAUUUGAACAGCGGUUAUUGUACAUAGUAAUGCAAAUAUCUAAAAAUGCCCUUUGUCAGUGUGUCACACUUUGCUGUUUCAUUGAAAAUUAAAUGUACAGAAGCAUUCCUUAAGUCAUAUUGACAGCUGACCUGUAAACAGACCUGGGUCAAAAUGGUGAUUUUCAAUAAUUGUUGUUUUUCCAGUUUUUAAAAGGAAUAGAUUAACAUUUAAAUAAAUGUUUUAUUGGGUGCAAGUGAACCCAUAUUUAGAGAGUUGGAUGCAUCAAGUGUUCUUUUAAGAUGUUAUUUAAUGAAAUAGCUUAAAUAACGCUUUUAGUUUUGUAAUUCUGAUAUCCAUUUUGGAAAAGAAAACUUUAAAUACAAAAAGCAUAGUGAAGUUGAGAAACCACCAGCCAAAAGUCAAACAGGAGGAAAGAAAUAAGAUAUUCCUGUUUGUCCAUCAGCUUGCGUUUUAUCUGCUAAUUCUAAAGAAGCAAUGCUCUGAGCUCUCUGAGUGGUAACUGAUUUUAUUGAACAAUUCCGGUAGAAUUGAAUAAUUUAUUGUGGUUUUUACCAAUGUUUCUGUCAGGCAAUAUAGAAAUCACCAAAUCAUUUAUUUCAAAAGGUACACUUUUUAUUUUAAUAACUCAACGACCCUCUCCAUUCCAUCCCUAUUCCAUCGGAGGAGAAGGGAGAGGAGGGUGAGGGUGUCCUGAAACUAAAUGGCAUCUUUAUCAUGUGUAUCUGAUGUUUCGGUGAUUUCUGUAUUAACCUUCACAUUUCUAUUUUGCACAAAUAUGGAAACUAACACAAAGCCACUUGUUCUUUUGCUUUAUUUCCUUGGUUUGCUCUUUUCUAUAUUUCUAUAUAGCUGAUUGUAACAGUGUGCUCAUGUGUAAUACAAUGCAAACAAAGCAGGAAUCACCCGAUGUUGUGCAUGGAUUUUGGUUUCCAAAUAUACGUUUUAUGUAAGUUAGUUUUGAUUAACCUUGUGCAACAGGUUGUGAAUCAGUGAAUAAUAGCAAAGGCAUUAUUAGUCUUGUUUCACAUACAAGUGCACUGUGUAUAUCCUUCACUUGAGGAGUUCUUCAGGUAUGCCAAAACACACACAGGUACUAAAAAAAAAUAGUCAAAGAUGAAGUGAGGGCCAUAUGUCUGAAGACUAGGUUUGUGCUGAUUUCUGUCUUCAACAUUCAGAGCAUUAGAAUAUAAGCAAACCACUAGCUCCCCUACAAGAGCUUUUAUGACAUCCCAUUCCAAAUUCUGAGCAUUAAUAUGAAGUUGGUCCCCCCCAUGCUAACACUGUUAGCACCCUGUCGGCUUGUUCAGAGUUUUGUGGAGGCAAUCACACUGCUCUAUAUUUGUUAUUAAGAACCUUUAAGUGGCAUUAGUUUUUAUUUCCUCUUACCAGAAGGGAUGUAGUCAUUUCCCUGAAUUUCAGUUAAAAAAAGGUCCCGCCGAAAACGACAUGCUACGUUUUGCUUUCGCGGUGCUGAUUGGCUCUUCAUUUCCGUCUACAUUUACAUGGAGUUUUUCCAAGAGCGCCCUGAAUGCCUCAAGUUGAAAAAGAUUGAACUGAGCGUGAAAAAAAGUCGGACAUAUAGUGAUUUUUUUUCAAUUAUCUAACCAGAAGAAUUGAGAGGUGGGACUUCUUCGCAGCUAUAGGACUUUACUGACUGCAGUUAUCUCAACCUUAACAGAAAUCAGCGUCAGGGGAAAUUAUUGCGGUGGCCAAAUUAAACAUUUGUUUUUAUCAAAAUAUGUGGCUGUUAUAAGCAUGUAAUAUUAGAUUAAAAAAGACGCAGCAACAAAUAAAAGCUGUCUGAUGAGGACUUCCAUCCUGUAAAGGUCUGAUUGGAGGAUUCAUUCUCCUAAAUGUCUGUUUCGAACCUUUUCCACAGGAAAUGUGGGUGUUAACAAAGAGGUCUGUCCAGAUGGCCAUUUCUUUUACAGUGGAGCAUCUCAAGAGUGCAUCAUUGUGCUUCAACCAUUGUGUACUCAAACCAUUGUAGCAUUGCAAGCCAACAUUAAUGACAUUUUAUUCAAAAAGCUUUAAAUGACUUGACCAAGCCUGACAGUGCUCUUCAAGUGAAGAGUAAACUCAUUCUGCAUGUUAUUUAUAGCUGCAGUCUUUUAUUGAGGUCACGCUGUUUGCAUUUCAAUUUGGAAUAUAUAUAUAUAUAUAUAUAUAUAUAUAUAUAUAUAUAUUUAUUUAUUUAUUUUUUGUAACAUGCUAAUAAAGGCAGUUAACCUGCUUCAUGUUGAUCAAAGUUGUGAUGUUGUAUUGAUGUACAAUAUGUUUCAGUUUGAUAUCAUUUUCUUGUCAGAUUCAAACUAUAACUCAGAAUGGAUAAGAGGGCAUUAUAGAGAAUUUGCAUGCUAUUUUUUCAUCUUUUUCCUAUAUCGGUUAUAGAACAUAGAUACUUUACAUUUCAUGACAUUUCGCACAGAAGGAAUCUGCAGAGUGAGGCCUGUGUGCACAUGCAACCACAGCCUUCAGUUGAGAUGUAUCAGUUUGUUUUCCAAGAUUCAAUGUGACUUCCAGUCCCCGGUGGUGCUCACCGAGACAUGCUGAGUGGCUGUUAGUCAACAGGAUGUUUGUACGGUUAUGGUAUUGUUUUUGUUUUUGUUUUUCAAAAUAAUUUAUUUUUACUUUUUAUAAUCAAAUGACUGGCAGCUGUCCUCACUGAUUGCCAAACAGAUUCACUUUUCAGUACAUGUACACUUUUUAGGCAAUUUGUCUCCAACUCAGAAUAAAGAAACUAUUUUAAAUG